AAUAUUUCAAAGCAUGUUUUAUAAAAAUUAUCAUUGGAUACAAUAAUAUUUAGGUACAAUCUAUCGGACUAGCCUAUCUAUCGGAUUCUAAAUAGGCCUUACUCAUAUUGCAAACUAAUCAGAGACAAAAUAAUCAGAUUAUAAUUUUAUGAGGCUAAAAAUUUUGUUACUAUUACAACACCAAUAAAAAUAAAAGUUACAAAUAAUUAAUUUGAGUACUCUAUCAUCGAAAACCUAGAUUAAAUCAUAGAAGCAUGAGAUAAAGCCGAAAAUUUCUGAACUCUGAACCAAGGCAAAACAAAACACACGUGUCGAGUGGCCAACAUUUUCUUACACAAAACCUCAGAAAUCGUUCUUCCCAAAAAGAGCCAAAAUUGCCGAUAAAUGUCCCAUCAGAUUACGUGCAGCUGAAGAUGGUUUUAGGAUCAACCCCACCCUAAAUUGCUUUGCUCAUCCGUAGCCAUCGCAUGCAUUCAAAGCGUUUCAAUAAAGGCAGCAAAUUUUCCCCAAGAGUGCUGCUGCAAUAAAGCGUUCACAUGAGAGAGAAACAGAGAGGUCUUUAAAGGAUUGAGCUCGAAAGCAGCUGCAUAAUUUAUAAUUUACGUUCAUCAAGACAAAGAGAGAAACAGUGAUCAGCGCGUGUGCUUUUGUGUCAGUGACUGCGUGUGCGUGUGACGAAGAAAUGUCGCCGCAGUCUAGUACCAAUAAUUCGUAGAGAGAGAGGAAAUGAAGAGGGAGGAAAAGGUAAAGGAGGAAGAGGAGAGGGAAAGGGGUGAAUUAAUGGUGGAAAAGCUGAAGCGCGGGAUUUCGAUAGGGAAAAGAGAGGGAAAAUCCACUCCAUCUCCCACGUGGAAAUUCAGCUUCCUUCAAUCUGAUGGAACCCUAAUUCCAGAUUCUAAUUUUCCCCCAAAUUUGACAACACUCUCUGCUAGGAAAUUGGGUGCAAAUCUGUGGGAGAUGGAUCCCCAGCUCAAUCUCAGAGUCGCCAACAUCAACAAAAAUGGGCCUAUUUUGACCAAUCACACUUUGCAAGAUUUGGAUGAGGCAGCAUCACUGUCAAAACAGGAGACGAGUGGUGUUAGUUUUAGGAAGCAGCUCGCAUCUUCGCUGGUGCAGGAUAAUGCCAGAGUCGACAAGGUUGGGCAAGAUCAUCGGCCUCUGUCCCCUGCCAGCUGCUCUAGCUCAAUGGAGAUGGAUCUUCCGCGUAGAUCUGCAGUUAGUCCAUUAAGCUCUGUAGUGUCAAAUGGAAAAUUUGGAGAGUCGAGUUAUAGCCUCAAAACUUCCACGGAGUUGCUUAAAGUACUGAAUAAAAUUUGGAGCCUCGAAGAAAAGCAUGCGUUGGAUAUGUCGUUGGUGAGAGCUCUGAAGAGGGAACUGGAGCAAACCCAGGCACGAAAUAAAGAACUGAUGCAAGAGAAGAAAAGAGAUCAGGGUGAAAUCGAUCAUUUAAUGGAGCAAAUGACAGAGUACAAAGUUGCUCGAAAGAGGGAACAACAACGCAUCAAGGAUACAGUGAAGUUAGUCGAAGACAAGCUAGAGGAUGAACUGAAAUUAAGAAGACAUUCAGAGAGCCGUCAUCACAAGCUGGCUAAGGAGCUCUCGCAGAUGAAAUCAUCAUUCUCUAAUGUCUUGAGAGAACUUGAUCAGGAGAGGAAAGCACGGAUGCUGCUAGAAGACCUCUGUGAUGAGUUUGCCAAAGGGAUAAGAGAUUAUGAGCAAGAAGUACGCCUCGUUAAACAAAAAUGUGGCAAGGAUCAGAUUGGAAGGGAACAAAAUGACCGAUUAAUUCUUCACAUUUCUGAAGCCUGGUUGGAUGAAAGAGCGCAGAUGAAGCUAGCAGAUGCUAGCAACGUUUCAUUACAACAAUCUGCUUUGGACAAGUUAUGCAUCGAGAUUGAAUCCUUUCUCCGAGAGAAACAAUCCGAUCAUUCUGGGACUAAUGUUGAUGUGUCCACAAAGACGCCCUCUCAGAGCCGUGCACUUCCACAUUCUCUGGAGUCUUUUCAUUUGAACGAGCCUGCAAGCGCUCCUUGGCGAGUGAACAAUGAAGACGACUCUAUUGGAAUGACCAGCCAUCGUCCUCAUCUUUCUAGAGGGUAUAGUUUGAAGCAAGCGAAUGAGGAAUUAGCCUCUGAUGGUCGUAACAAGGAAACAAUGAGACCAAGACCAGGCAACGAGAAGCAACGUUCACGGAGGGGAUCAUCAGAUCCGUCCUGCUCCCAUAUUCAGCUAGACGAUGAGAAGCAUCACCAACAAGUGAACGAGGGAUCAACGAAAACCAGAAACACGAACUCAUAUGACAUGAGUCAUCACCCGAUGCCCAAGAAAGGCGAGAUCUUGCAACGAUCUACUCGGGAAGGAAGGACAAGAACAACUGAUGCUGAUAUGAGUGUUGGGCAUCGCGUGGACCCAUCCAGAAAGUUGAAGUCUGAGGUAUCAGCGGGAGAUCCUGAGAUCUCCGAGUCGUGUGGGAGAUGGGAAAAUGGCGCAAGACCGAAUACAUUGAAGGCGAAGCUGAUGGAAGCAAGGCUAGAAGGGCAGCAGUCUCGUUCUUCCAAAGGCUUGUCGAAAGUUGACUAAAAAAUGCCACAUUUGUAGAUUCCGCAACUAUGUAGAUUAAGGAGGGCCCUUCCCUUUUAAUCAUUUUGACAAUUUUGAUGAAGUAUCAGUUAACUA